AACAGUGCACACUACAACAGUGUCUAUAGUAACAAUCAAACAAAGCACAGUGUAGGCUACAAAAGUGUCUAUAAUAACAAUCAAACACAGAACAGUGCGCCCUACAACAGAGUCUAUCAUAACAACCAAACACAGAACAGUGCGCGCUACAAGAGUGUCUAUCAUAACAAUCAAACAUAGAACAGUGCGCGCUACAACAGAGUCUAUCAUAACAAUCAAACAUAGAACAGUGCGCGCUACAACAGUGUCUAUCAUAACAAUCAAACACAGAACAGUGUGCGCUACAACAGUGUCUAUCGCAACAAUCAAACACAGAACAGUGCGCGCUACAACAGUGUCUAUCAUAACAAUCAAACACAGAACAGAGUGCGCUACAACAGUGUCUAUCGUAACAAUCAAACACAGAACAGUAUGCGCUACAACAGUGUCUAUCGUAACAAUCAAAUACAGAACAGUAUGCGCUACAACAGUGUCUAUCAUAACAAUCAAACACAGAACAGUAUGCGCUACAACAGUGUCUAUCAUAACA